UCGUCUAAUUUUUGAAUAGGCACCUUGAGCUUUUAUUUUGACAUGGUGCACUUGACUCUCAGCAGGAAGUAGUUUAGCGUUGCUGAUUCUUGCCAGCAUCACGCUGUACCAGUUGAGAGUGCACUUGCUUCUCUGGAAGUGGGAUAGGCUUACUUGUCUUCGAAGGGCGAUUUGAACGAGUUCAGACUGCACGUUGGUAGUGAUUAACCGGCAUGUGGAACAGCGCAUAGAAAAGAAGAUUUAUUACAAAGCCGGGUUUAGUUGCUUUUUGUCCUUAUUUAGUAAGAGACGUAAUUUUACUUUAUCUACUCGGGGAUCUACUGGUGAUUUCAAGAUGGUCUGCGGUGGCUUCACCUGCUCCAAGAACUCCCUCUGCGUCCUCAACAUACUCUAUAUAAUGGUGAGUUUGAUGCUGAUUGGAAUUGCAGCUUGGGGAAAAUUCUUUGGCCUAGUCUCCAGUCUUCAUGUCGUUGGUGGAGUAAUAGGAGUUGGAAUCUUCCUAUUUAUUGUAGCACUUGUUGGACUAAUUGGUGCCAUGAAACAUCACCAAGUGUUGCUGUUCUUUUACAUGAUCAUUCUUUUUAUGGUGUUUGUGGUUCAGUUUUCAGUGUCUUGUGCUUGCCUGGCACUCAACAAAGAUCAGAUGAACCACCUAUUAGACGCUGGAUGGGAAAAUUCUAAAACAACUCAACAAGAUAUAGAGAAAUCUUUAGAUUGCUGUGGCUAUAGCACCUUUAAUUCAACCCUGCUUUGCCCUGCUCCUUGCUAUGAGACUGGGCAAUGCCAAUCCUGUUCCUCAAAAAUUCAGAAACAUGCAGAGGUAACUUUGAGAUAUGCAGGAGGUGUUGGAUUGUUCUUCAGUUUCACUGAGAUUUUAGGAGUGUGGCUUACAUACAGAUACAGAAAUCAGAAGGAUCCACGGUCAAACCCGAGUGCAUUUCUGUGAUUCAAAUUAUUAAAAAUCAUGAAUGUGAUACUGCACUAUACAAACAGUCAUGGGGAGAUUUUUCUUUCAGUUUACAGCAUUCACUGUUAUUAACUAGGAUGGUACUUUCCAUUGCAUUUAAGUUGCAAUUAAGUAAGCAAAGUAUUUCUCAUUGGAGAAUCUUGGUACCAUAACCUGUAGAAGUGCAGUUAUUGUGAAUAUACUCACUUUAACUAAUAUUCUCAUUCACUAUGUUCUCUUGUUUUUUAAGUUCUGUUAUUCACUAGCAUUGGUGUUGUGAACACUAAAGAAAUCACUUCCAAUUUCCAUAUUAAGUGUAUUAUUGAACCUUUUUUAAUGCAGCUUCCUCCUAGCAUACUUCACAAAGUGUAAUACACUAUAGGUGAAGGUAUAGUGAUUUAUUUGAUUGGUUUUCUAAGAACUCAUUUAGUUGAAUAUUUGAUGUAUUUAAGGUAUGAGUAGAAUUUUUUUCUGUUUAGAAAAGCCGCAAAAAAAUAUGAUACUUAAUAAUGGUAAAAAAAAACUACAAGAAUGGCAAUAGGGCUGUAAAGGCCUGCAAGCUGAUGUAUGUGUUACACUUUUUUUUUUCUCAACAUUUAAUGCAAAUGCGAACAAUACGUCAGGAAUCAUUACCUUAAAAUAUUUUGUAAUUCCUUGAAGAAGCUAUCAAGUCAUUUGAUAAGGAUUGUUAGAUAAUUUUGUUUUUGAAUUUAUGCAUUAAUAAAAUUGUAAAAUUAAAAUAGUUUAACUUUGUAUUAUAAAUCCUACUUGAUAAAUGCCUGUAUUCAGAGUUUUUGAAUGUUACUAGUCCAGUGACCUGGUUAAAUUGGAUGAAUGUGUUUGUAUAAAUUUAAGAAAUGCAAUGAUUUAAUGUGUAAAAUAAUGUAAAAUAUUAAAUAAUUGGUUCUGUUUUACACUUGAUGUUUUUUGUUCUGCCUACUCAGUAUUCUGUGAAUAUUUUUGAUCUGUGACUAAUGUUGCACCAUUUUAAAAUUUUUGUUAUUAUAGUGUGCUUUACAUUUGUUGCUUGAAUAAUUGCAAAUGUUAGGAUUAGUGGACUCGUAAUUUUCAACUCACUCUGUAAGUGAUUAAAACAAAUCUCAAAUUUCAAUAAAUAAUUCCAGUAGAAUA